AUGUCUCCCAGCGCAACGGCCGAGGCCACUUCAGCCCAGGCGAGCAACGGUAAUGGUGCCACACCAAACCCUGCCGCCGCCGCCGCCGCCGCCACUGCUGCGGCCCCGGCUAGCUCGAGUGCCCCUGAUUUCCUCAACACGCAGCCCGGUCCCGACCACGACUGGAGGAUCUCGCUGAAGAACAAGGUCAUCGCCAUCACGGGCGCCAACAGAGGCAUCGGCCUGGGCAUCGCAGAGGUGUGCCUCGCCAACGACGCCGCCGCCGUCUACUCGCUCGACCUCUUCGAGCCCGGCGAGGAGUUCCAGGCCGUCCAGCAGGCGAACCCCAAGCGCAUCCACUACGUCCACUGCGACGUCACCUCCGAGGAGAGCAUCACGGCCGCCGUCGACGCCAUCAUCGCCCGCGAGGGCGCCAUCCACGGCCUCGUCGCCAAUGCCGGCAUGACCAAGCACCAGCCGGCCCUGGCCUUUGACCGCGCCCAGCUCGAGCAGCUCUUCAACCUCAACGUCUUCGGCGCCUACUUCUGCGCGACGACGGUGGCCCGCCGCUUCAUCGAGCUGGGCGUCAAGGGCUCCAUCGUCUUCACCGCCUCCAUGACCUCGUACCGGCCCAACCGCGCCGCGCCCUCGGCGCCGUACGGGGCCACCAAGGGCGCCGUCAGGAACAUGACGCACACGCUGGCCAUGGAGUGGGCCAAGCACGGCAUCCGCGUCAACUCCAUCUCGCCCGGCUUCGUCAGGACCGCCAUGACCUACUUUGUCGACCAGGCACCCGACUGGGACCUCAAGAUGCAAUACUACGGCGGCAUGCCCCGGCUGGCGGACCCCAAGGAGCUCGGCGGCGCCUACGUGUACCUGCUGUCGGACGGCGCGAGCUAUACCACCGGCAUCGACAUCCCCGUUGCCGGGAUCGUUGGCGCUUGGUAA